UGUUAGAACAGACGUCGCAGCCUCUAAAACAAUGAACCGACUUACUUUUUUUAAGUUAUGUGUGACAUAGUUGUCAUAACAACCAAGGUUGUAAUGGCGUGCUGUUGGAUGGUGUGAUCAGACACUUAGAUCUGUCAGCAAGAUGUUAAAAUACAUUUUCCGUGAGGUCAGUCGCGGCUUCUCACCGGGUCUGCGUCGCUUUUCUGACGUGAAAGUGACCGAAAAUGUGGCUGAGAGCCCAACUUUUCCUCAUCUCAUUGAACAGGCGUCUCUAUAUCUGCACUGGCCUUAUUGUCUCAGGCGAUGCACCUACUGCAAUUUUAACAAAUACAUUCCCAAAGAGGACAACGAAGACAUCAUGGCAAAGUGUCUUCAGAGGGAAACUGAGACGUUGCUGCAGCUCAGUCAAGUAUCCUGCAUCACAUCUGUAUUUUUUGGUGGUGGCACUCCAAGCCUGGCUCACCCGUCAACCAUCGCUAAGAUCCUUGAAACAGUUUCCAAUCAAGUGUAUCUCUCAGAUGAGGCUGAAGUCACACUGGAGGUCAACCCUACCCCUGUGGGAAUGUCGAAGCUAAAAGACUUCCACUUUGCUGGGGUAAACCGUUUCUCCAUUGGCGUCCAGUCUCUGCAGGACGAGCACUUAAAAAGUUUGGGAAGAGACCACAGCUCCCUGGAGGCUCUGCAGACUCUCGAGGAGGCCAGGAGGCUGUGUCCAGGUGGGGUGUCGGUGGAUAUCAUGUUCGGACGGCCCGAACAGACGAUUGAAUCAUGGAGCAACGAGUUGUCUGAGAUGCUGAGGGUCUGUGAUGACCACGUGUCUUUGUACCAGCUGACCCUUGAGAGAGGCACUCAGCUGUUUAAACAGGUUCAUUGUGGACAAGUAACCAUGCCUACAGAGGAAAUGACAGCGGAGAUGUACCGGUGUGCCAGAAAGACUCUCCAGCAGCAUGGCUUUCAGCAGUAUGAGGUGUCUAACUUUGCAAAAAAUAAUUCACAGAGUCGUCACAACCUGAGUUACUGGAAGGGAAAACAAUACAUCGGAGUUGGCCCUGGAGCACACGGUCGGUUUGUUCCCCUGGGGGAGGGAGGCGCUACCCGGGAAGCUCGGACUCAGACUCUGGAGCCUGACGUGUGGAUCCGCGAAGUCCAGCAGAGGGGACAUGGGACACGGAGGCGGAUCCAGCUGGGCCAUCUUGAACUAUUGGAGGAGGUGUUGGUGAUGGGAAUGAGAAUGACCAAGGGCAUUAAUCACAAGCACUGGGAGCUGUUUAACCCUGAAUUAGGCCUUCAUGAGAUCUUUGGUGCAUCUCCUGUUGUCCAAGAGCUGCUGCAGAACGGACAGUUGAUUCUUGAUGACAGGGGUUUGAGAUGUUCCUGGGAUGGUCUGGCCGUACUGGACAGCAUACUUCCCAUUUUGCUGUUGGAACUGGACAAGCAGAGUUUUCCUAAAGCUGCCAGCUAACCUACAAUGAAGAUCUCUUACCCUUACACAUAGCUAUGUAAAAAGGGCAAGUACAGGUCCUUCUCAAAAUAUUAGCAUAUUGUGAUAAAGUUCAUUAUUUUCCAUAAUGUCAUGAUGAAAAUUUAACAUUCAUAUAUUUUAGAUUCAUUGCACACUAACUGAAA